CCAGGACGGCAAUUAAAGCCAUUAACACCUGCGUUGAAUCAAUUGUGAAAUUUCCUUCAAUUUAACGGAUAAGAUUCAAGACCUAUAUAUAUAUGUGUGUGUGUGUGUGUAGGUUAAGGAUCUUUGGUUAUAUACCCGUCUGCAGAUAGCAUAUUGUGUUCCUUCCCAGCUAGCAGAACAGUCUAGUUAAUUAUAUCAGCAACCUGCAGGCUUUUGAAUCUUUACAUCAACUUAUCUGUAUCUAUAAACAUGGAUGCUCGUACGCCUAACAAACAAAAGGUUGUGGAUAGUGUUCAAGAAGACUUACAACGUUUGAGGAAUGAGAAUGCAACCCUAAGAUUCCUGCUUCAAGCUAUGACCACCAGAUGCUCUAUACUUGAGCAGAAGCACCACCAACACCAUCAAAUGCAUAUCCAACAACAACCGUGUGAUCAUCAGCAAAUGCUCAACAGUGCGAUUACGAGCAAGAGACCGAGAACUGAUGAUCAUUGCGAUCAGUUUCCGGCAUCCCACCAUAAGACAUCACAGUUCCUUGUAAAAACCGACUCUAAAGACAACAGCCUGAUUGUGAAAGAUGGAUAUCAAUGGAGGAAAUAUGGACAGAAGGUCACCAAAGACAACCCUUCAUCCCCUCGAGCUUAUUUCAGGUGUUCCUUCGCUCCUCGAUGCCCUGUCAAAAAGAAGGUACAGAGAUCCAUGGAGGAUAACUCCUUCCUCAUGGUGACAUACGAAGGAGAGCACAACCACGACACCAUUAAUGAUUCACUACUAUUUGGACAAUUUGCAUGUUCAGUAGCUGCCGGUGCUGAUCUUAAGAACAUUAUUAUGCCCAUUAGUGUUCCUUCAAGUAGUAUCGAGCCUCAUAAUGACGUGAUUAAUAUAAGUCCCUCUCCGCCGGAGCCUGUAACCCUUGAUCUUAAUCUCUCGGGCUCGACUAAUCAAGAAAAUGGAGGAUUAGGAAGCCCUCAAAGCAUGAAUUGCGACAGAAGAGUUGAGGAUUUCAUUGCUUCGUUAACCAAGGAUCCCAAUUUCACACAGGCUUUAGCUGCGGCAGUUGCACGCUCGAUUACAGGACCUGCAGACAGACCAAAUUAAUAACCGAUUAGGAUCGUAAUCCAUGGAUUAAUGAUGAUUUAUGUAAUUAUCGUCGUAGACUGUAGUACUUUCUCAAAAAUGAGGAAAUGAAUGAGAAUGAGAACGAUCGUUCGUUUAAGUUUUA